AUGGCUUCUUGCUUCUUUUCCAGCGGGUCCACUCCUCUCCUCCUCGCUCUGAUCAGCCUCCUGGCAGCCUCCGUGACAGCCCGCCCCGGCGUUUCCUUUCACCCCUGCAACACUCUCUUCAUCACCUACACGAUCUCCACCACCGACGCCGCCCUCCCCGGCAACCCUCGCGUCUCCGGAUCCAUAUCCGUUUACCGCAUCUUCACCUCCUCCCGCUCCGCCGACGUCGGUCCUCGCCCCUCGAUGAUACCGCGGACGAGGUUCCUCCUUCCUCAACGCGAGGUCGCCCCUGCUAGGCCUGCGGCCUUUGGAUUCAGUUCCAUCCAAGAGCGGGCCAAGGACAUCCUUGUGGUCUUCGUCGGGCUCCUCUUUGGGGUCGGCUGCGGUGCGCUCACCGCCGCCACCAUGUACCUGGCCUGGUCACUCGUCGCCCAUCGGCAAGAGAUCUACGACUCUGACGCGUACAGCGACGAGGAGGAUGUGGAUGAAAACCCCAAGAAAGCGGGUUAUGUCAAGAUCCCGGCUACUGAUUCAAUCUCCGUCAAGGAAGGGUAUGAGGGAAAUUAG